AUGGCCGAUUGGUUCGUGAGCACGCUGCACUCGAUGUUGGUCACAUGCCUCAUUGGCUCUGCCGAAACUGCUUCAUCUCCGUGUCCUCGCAAUCCGCUCGACAAUCGCGAACAUCGCGGUUCUCGCCGUUUCCACAUCUACCGCUUUUCAAACCCAGGCCUUUCUAUGGAAGACGUGAUAGUCGUUCUGGGCGGCACUGCCGAGGCCGCUGCGGAGACAGCCGUGACACGCAAGUCGUGUACCAAAUGCAAUACUGAGCAGAACAUUGACCAGUUCCUCCAUGCCCGCGGGAACGGAAGGAUUGUUGUCAACUGUCUAAGUUGCCGGCACAAGAAGAAGCUUCAUGUGAUAUCCCUAGUUAAGGUAACGAUAGUCGUUUCUUCAGCUAACCUUCGCAGAUUGAAGCGUCGCGAGCGAGCAUCGAGAUUUCUCGCGCAAUCGCCCGCGGAGAAAAUUCUCCCCUUCCUUUCGCACCGAUACCCCGGAAACGGCAGCCGCUCGGGAUCAACGAUUGACAAUCCAGCGACGCCACCGCGUGGAACGACGCCAUGGCGUGCAGCCUUCGCAAACCCCGACGUUAAGCAGCUAGCCAUUGCCAUGGGCUCUACUGGUUCCAUGGGAGCCCCCCUCCUGAUAUGGAAACUCCUGAGUCGAGAAAGCACUUCGCAAAGAUCUGGGGAUACCACAAAGGUGCCCGGCGGGCUAGAGAGGCUGGAGAUAGAGCUGAGGUCGCAGAGGCGGCCGGGGAGACUGCUGGAGGAGAGCAGCCAGCGCCAGAGCCCACGUGUCGUUUUCUCUUCCCCCGGCCUGUCCGAGAGGCUGCCGAGGUCAUCAAGCAUCUAUCCCACCAAGGGCCAGGUCAUCGAGUACAACCACCAACACAUGCUUGGCCUGGACAGCCCCGCCAUUCAGGUCGAGGCAAAGCACGAGGGUGUUGGUGCGGAGAAGGUUGAAUCCUCAAAUGCCGGCAACUUGGCCAAGCGCUUGCCCUUGUGUGGUGGUUGCCGGGUGAUGCUAACGCGGAACUUGUGGGCGGACGUCGGGCUCGUCAACGGUGCGCAAGGCACAGUCUACGACAUAUCCUGGAAAGAAGGUGCUGACGUGCUGCGAGACCCGCCCGAGGUCAUCAUGGUGGCCUUCGACGACUACGACGGCCCCGCCUUCACGAUGCCGAACGGGGAGCCGCUCCGCAGUGGAGAGAAGCUGGUUGUUCCCAUCCUCCGAGUGCGGCAGGACUUCAUGGUCGGCGCCAACUCAUGUUCAAGAGAGCAGUUCCCGCUGUUGGUCAGCUAUGCGAUCACCGUCCACAAGUCACAGGGCAUCACCCUGGACAAGGUUGUCUGCGACAUCUCUGCGCCAGAGUUUGCUUCUGGCCUCUCCUACGUGGCCGUUUCGCGGGUGAAGACACUCGGCGGGCUGAUGUUUGAGCGGCCCUUCGACCGCGGCAGGGUGUACCGCGAGACACCAUCACGAGCUAUGGGGUUGAAGUUGUCCGAUCACGCUACUAGGCAACUGCAGGCGUUAGAUGCUGUGGCGCAUGACGAAUCCGACGACAGCGAGUCCCAAUCGGAACAAGAAUAUGCAUCAUCAUCGGAAUCCACGGACCCUGAAACCCGCCCAGCCAAGCGCCGCAAAACACAACCACCACGACGCCCCCCUAGGCCACACCCGAGAGCAUCUCUAAAAACCACAUCCACCACCGCCUCCCACCAUGCUGGCACCACCCCCAACACCCCGCCUCCAGUCCCCAAAACCCGCUUCCAUCCCCCCACCUACCACCAGCCCCUCCUGCUCACCAACCCCCCUUCCCGCACCUCCCUCCUAACCUGGUUCACGCACGCCCGCACCCUGCGCCCCAUGCCCUGGCGCCAACCUUUCCAGCCCCGCGGCACUCUUACGCGCAGCCAGCUCUCGCGCCGCGCCUACGAGGUCUGGAUCUCCGAGGUCAUGCUGCAGCAGACGCGGGUCGCGACCGUGGUUGCAUACUGGACACGUUGGAUGGCGCGGUGGCCGCAAAUUGGGGAUUUGGCGGCGGCGGAGGAGGAGGACGUGCUGGGCGUGUGGCAGGGUUUGGGGUAUUAUUCGAGGGCGAGGAGGGUGUGGUUGGCCGCGAGGGAGGUGUGUGCAGUCGGUGAUGGUGAUGGUGAUGGUGAUGGUGGUGAGGAUGGGGAUGGGGGUGGAGAGGGGAUUUUGCCGGGGACGGUGGAGGGGUUGAUGCGUCUGCCGGGUGUGGGGAGGUAUACGGCGGGUGCGGUGGCGGCGAUUGUGUUUGGGGUGGCCGCGCCGAUGGUGGAUGGGAAUGUGUUAAGGGUGUUGAGCCGGCAGAUGGGGCUGUUGGCGGAUGUGAAGGCGGACAAGAAGGCCGUGGAUCUGCUGUGGGAGGCAGCGGGAGAUUUGGCAAAGGCCGUGGCCGAAGAUGGGGAAGAUGGUGAUAAGGGGGUUAAUGAGCGGCCAGGGCAAUGGGGCCAAGCAUUGAUGGAACUGGGUAGCACCGUUUGCACGCCGAAGCCCAAUUGCGCGGCGUGCCCCAUCACAGAGACUUGCCGCGCUUAUGCUGAGGGCCUUGCUUUGGCAGAGGGCCGGGGUAAGGACAGGGAGUUGACGGAUAUCGAGGACGGUUGCAAUCUCUGUGCCCCCAUUGAGGAGGCCGCUUCGGAUGGGGAUGAGGCGGAUAAAUACACGGAGCCACCGCCCAGCAAGGGGGAUGGGAAACUCUCCCGUUUCUUUGCGGACACAAAGAGGGCCAAACAGCCUAACACCGCCGCUCAAGAUCUGGAUACUCGAACGCUCGCGGUCGUGGUAAAUCACGCAAGGAAAUUCCCACUCAGGAAGCCUAAGAAGAAGGUCCGCGAAGAAGAAGCGUUAGUGUGUGCUGUCCGUGGCUCCGACGGGCGGUACCUCAUCCACAAACGGCCGGACAAGGGGCUCCUCGGAGGAUUGUGGGAGCUCCCCAGCCAGACGUUACCGCCAUCGAACGACAGCACGGUCAAGACUCGGAAAGCGAGGGCGACAUCCUACGUUGCGGGUGUGGCUGGAGGAAAGGGUUCUUGUUCACCACCGCUGAAGCAUGUUGCAGAACUUGGAAGUGUGCCCUGGCUAUUUUCUCACCUAAAGCUGAUCAUGCAUGUCCACCUCUUCGAGAUGGACGGCGUUUCACCCUUGGCUAAGCUGGGCCCGCGGAGGCAAUGGGUUUCCGUAGAAGAAAUUGACGCCGAGUCCAUGGGGACUGGGAUGAAGAAGUGUUGGUCACUUGUCAAGAAAAGGAUGGCGGAGGUGGACAACGAGGUGCAAUAA